CUUUGUAUGUAUUAGUGUAUUAUGUCAAUAGCUCUUUGGAAAUAUAUUUACUGAGAAAAAUGGCGACGUCAAAAUAUGGUAAUAUUGGGGAGCUCAGGUCAUUUUUUCCUCAUCAUCAUACUUUCCAUGGUCAAUAUCAGCGUAUAUUGGAUCAGUACUUGGUUCCUGUCUACGUAUCGAAAUCAGGACUGAAGAAAUCAGAUAGGUCCAUCCAAAAAUACCAAACUGUACCCAGAGCCGACUGGACCCCAUGAUGCCAUGUGUGUCGGGUUUACAGCCAACCAGACGUUUUCCUGUCUCGAUAACAGACUGAUUAAUUAUUAAGCUCCAGGUGGACAGCACUGAUUCGCAUGCCUGUGUCGGGUUAACCACCAGUCUCAGUUACAGAGACAGAGGAACUCGUACAAGACAACUGCUGGAGGACCAAGUGUCUUUAACACAAUCUGGGAGAUCAGAAUCAACAUGUCUGUCAGUCUAACUACAGCUCUGCAGAACAUGUGACGAAGGAUCACACAGCUACACAUGCAGAGAUGUGUGUUACAACAGCUGAUUCAGAGACUCUCUCCAGGAAUGAAUGGACCUAACACAAUGUGUCUGAGCUUUUCACGACAACACCUUCCUUCUCAUUCCACCCUCAGCCUGGCUGCAAGCAGCAGCUCCUCAGGGAUCACCACUGCAGCCCCCCCUGGCACAGGUACCAGUUUGGAUGCUGUCGACAUCACUGUGGUUGUAGUCUACUUCGUCUUUGUCAUGCUGGUUGGGAUCUGGUCAUCGGCGCGAGCCAAUCGCAGCACUGUAAGGGGCUACUUCCUGGCUGGCCGUUCAAUGACGUGGUGGCCUAUUGGAGCCUCUCUGAUGUCCAGUAAUGUUGGCAGCGGUUUGUUUAUCGGUUUAGCAGGAACAGGAGCAGCAGGAGGAAUCGCUGUGGGGGGAUUUGAAUGGAACGCAGCAUGGGUCCUGGUGGCUCUGGGCUGGAUCUUUAUACCCGUCUACAUCUCUGCUGGUGUCGUGACCAUGCCUGAGUACCUGGCAAAGCGCUUUGGAGGCCAGAGGAUACGCAUCUACAUGUCUGUUCUGUCACUCAUCCUCUACAUCUUCACCAAAAUAUCAACAGAUAUCUUUUCAGGGGCCAUGUUUAUCCAGAUGUCCUUGGGCUGGGACCUCUAUCUGUCCACAGGCGUACUGCUGCUGGUCACCGCUGCUUACACUGUUGCUGGUGGUUUGACGGCGGUGAUCUACACGGAUGCCUUUCAGACUUUGAUCAUGGUUGGUGGAGCCUUUGCUCUUAUGUUCAUAGCAUUCUCCAAAGUGGGCUGGUAUGAAGGCCUAAUGGAGAGUUACAUGUCAGCCGUUCCCUCAAUGACUGUCGCCAACACCACCUGCCACCUACCUCGCAGGGACGCCUUCCGCCUGUUCAGGGACCCCGUUUCAGGGGACCUGCCCUGGCCAGGUCUGGUGUUCGGGCUGACGGUACUGGCUACAUGGGUCUGGUGCGCAGAUCAGGUUAUAGUGCAGAGGUCCCUUUCUGCCAAGUCUUUGUCUCAUGCCAAAGGAGGCAGUGUUUUGGGAGGCUAUCUGAAACUGCUGCCCAUGUUCUUCGUUGUCAUGCCAGGCAUGAUCAGCCGAGCACUGUUCCCAGAUGAGGUAGCUUGUGUGGAUCCAGCAGUAUGUCAGAUUGUAUGUGGAGCAUCAGUUGGCUGCUCCAACAUUGCCUACCCUAAACUGGUGGUGAAGCUAAUGCCUGUGGGUCUGCGCGGCCUGAUGCUAGCAGUGAUGCUAGCUGCUCUGAUGUCGUCUCUGACCUCCAUCUUCAACAGCAGCUCCACUCUGUUUACCCUGGACCUCUACCACAAAGCCAGGCCUACAGCCUCAGAGAUGGAGCUCAUGGUAGUUGGAAGGGUGUUCAUCCUGGUCUUGGUAUGCGUUAGUCUGUUGUGGAUUCCAAUCAUCCAAACAGCCAACAGCGGACAACUGUUUGAUUAUAUCCAAUCGGUCACGAGCUUUCUAGCUCCGCCCAUCACCGCUGUUUUCCUAAUGGCUGUCUUCUGGCCACGUGCCAACGAGCAGGGGGCAUUCUGGGGUCUGAUGGUUGGACUGGUGGUUGGACUGACCCGCAUGGUUCUGGAGUUCUCCUAUGAGACUCCAUCGUGUGGUCAACCUGACGCUCGGCCAGCCGUCCUGGUUGAUGUCCACUACCUCUACUUUGCUCUCAUCCUAUUGGCUCUCACCUUCCUCAUCAUUGCUGCUGUCAGCUUGGCCACAACCCCUAUACCUAAAGAACAUCUGUACAGGCUGACCUGGUGGUCCAGACACAGCAGAGAGCCUCGUAUCGACCUCACACAACCCCCGGUGACCUCUGUGGCGGCAAGGCUUCCCCCCCAGCCCGGAUCCUGUUGGCGCAGAGGAGCUCUGAGGCUCUGCGGUCUGACUGGGGCCAGCUCUGCCUCGGUGUCUCUACAGGUUGAACAGAGCGAGCUGAACUCCUUGCAGGAGGAGCCGUUGUGGAGAAGAGUGUGCGAUGUGAACGCCCUGUUACUGCUGGCUGUUAACGUCUUCCUCUGGGGAUAUUUUGCCUAA